AUCGGUGGAUGGAACCCACGAGUUCUGAAUCUUCACAAUCUCUUUCAUCUGGGUGAUAUGUUGAUUUCUAUUAAUGGUUAUGAAGUGUACACCCUUCGACAAUUUAAGAAGACGGUUGAUGUUGCUAAACGAAAUGCCGCACAAGAGCGUCAGCGUACACCAGACGCAGCCUUUAAUUCAUCCUCUGAGGUCAAGCUUUGGCUUCGAUUGCGAAGGCUUCCACUCGCAAAGACCCUCAUAGUUUGCCGACAAUUCCGAGAUCAGAAGAUUGGAAUAUCUUUCGAUGACAAGGGCACUAACAAGGUGAAGAGGAUAGAUCCCAAUGGACCUUUGGCUUGCGCAGGCCUACUCCCCCUUGCUCAACCCUUCAUGAGGAAGUCGUCGGCUAAAUCGACGCUUCGUUCUCUAACUACAAAGCAGACAAUGCCUGAACCAGAACUAGUACCCUGGACUGUUACGGAAAUCAACCACAGGCUUCUCGAUCCACUCUUUAGGAAACACGAGACGCUAACAAAUACUUUAAUGCUACAGGCGGAUCUUCUAAUCGGUGCACGCGGAAUGGAGAUAAGUGUGACUCUCCAACCCUCCGACUUCAUGGAAGCAAUUUGCAAGAAACUCAGGAAAUCAAAGUUUUAUCAAUCCUUCUUUAAAAACCCCUAG